UGUGUGAAGAGGAGGAGGUUCUCAAUGAAACAGAACCACAGAGGAACCAACUCAUCUCUCAUGGCUCUGCAGAAACUGAGAACCAAAAUCAGGAAGGAAUCAAUUCUGAAGACCCGGGAAAAAAGAGAAAGGAAGAACAAAAACAAAAGGAGAAAUAUGAGAAAACCAAAGAGCAGAAAAGCAGAACUGACACUUCAAAACAAAAAAAGCACAAGAAAGCGCACGCAGGUCAAAAAUUAUAUUCUUGUAAAAUUUGUGAUAAAACAUUUUCUCGAAACGAUAUCUUGCUGAGACACAGAAGAAUUCACAAAGAUGAGCGGCCUUUUUCUUGUGGGACUUGUGGAAAAAGUUACAGUAACAGAGGGACUUUAACUUAUCACAUGAGAAUUCACACAGGUGAGAAGUCUUUCUCCUGUGGAUCCUGUGGAAAGAGUUUCUCUCGAAAGGACGCUCUAAAUGUCCACAUGAUAACUCACACAGGUGAGAAGCCUUUCUCUUGUGGGUCUUGUGGAAGAAGUUUCUCUCGCAAAGAUUAUUUAAAUGUUCAUAUGAAAAUUCACAAUGGUGAGAGGCCUUUCUCUUGUGGGUCUUGUGGAAGAGGUUUCUCCCUAAAAACUCAUUUAAAUGUUCAUAUGAAAGUUCACACAGGUGAGAGGCCCUUCUCAUGUGGGACCUGUGGAAAGAGUUACAGUGAAAGAGGGACUUUAACUCGGCACAUUAGAAUUCACACAGGUGAGAAGCCUUUCACUUGUGGGAUCUGUGGAAAGAGUUACAGUGAAAAACAUACUUUAACUCAUCACAUGAGAAUUCACACAGAUGAGAAGCCUUUCUCUUGUGGGUCGUGUGGAAAACGUUUCUCUCAAAAAGGUUAUUUAAAUGUUCACAUGAGAAUUCACACGGGUGAGAAGCCUUUCUCUUGUGGGUCGUGUGGAAAACGUUUCUCUCAAAAAGGUUAUUUAAAUGUUCACAUGAGAAUUCACACAGGUGAGAAGCCAUUCUCUUGUGGGACUUGUGGAAAAAGUUUCUCUCGGAAAGGCCUUCUAUAUGCUCAUAUGAAAGUUCACACAGGUGAGAAGCCCUUCUCAUGUGGGACCUGUGGAAAGAGUUUCUCUCGAAAGGACGCUCUAAAUGUUCAUAUGAAAAUUCACACAGGUGAGAGGCCUUUCUCUUGUGGGUCUUGUGGAAGAGGUUUCUCCCUAAGAACUCAUUUAAAUGCUCAUAUGAAAGUUCACACAGGUGAGAAGCCCUUCUCAUGUGGGAUCUGUGGAAAGAGUUACAGUGAAAAACAUACUUUAACUCGGCACAUUAGAAUUCACACGGGUGAGAAGCCUUUCUCUUGUGGGUCGUGUGGAAAACGUUUCUCUCAAAAAGGUAAUUUAAAUGCUCAUAUGAAAGUUCACACAGGUGAGAAGCCCUUCUCAUGUGGGACCUGUGGAAAGAGUUACAGUGAAAGAGGGACUUUAACUCAUCACAUGAGAAUUCACACAGGUGAGAAGCCUUUCUCCUGUGGAUCCUGUGGAAACAGUUUCUCUCGAAAGAACGUUCUAAAUGUCCACAUGAUAACUCACACAGGUGAGAAGCCUUUCUCUUGUGGGACUUGUGGAAAGAGUUACAGUGACAAACAUACUUUAACUCGUCAUAUGAAAAUUCACACAGGUGAGAAGCCUUUUCCUUGUGGGAUCUGUGGAAAGAGUUACAGUGACAAACAUACUUUAACUCGUCACAUGAAAAUUCACACAGGUGAGAAGCCUUUCGCUUGUGGGUCUUGUGGAAGAGAUUUCUCCCUAAAAACUCAUUUAAAUGUUCACAUGAGAAUUCACACAGGUGAGAAGCCUUUUCCUUGUGGGAUCUGUGGAAAGAGUUACUGUGACAAACAUACUUUAACUCGUCACAUGAAAAUUCACACAGGUGAGAAGCCUUUCUCUUGUGGGUCUUGUGGAAGAAGUUUCUCUCGCAAAGAUUAUUUAAAUGUUCAUAUGAAAAUUCACACAGGUGAGAAGCCAUUCUCAUGUGGGAGCUGUGGAAAAAGUUACAGUAACACAAGUAAUUUAUCUCGUCACAUGAAGACUCACUCUGAUGAGAAUCCAUAGGUCCAAAACAGAUCCGAUCCAAUUUGGCAUCUAAUCUUAUGGAAAAUCUGGUCAGAUGAUGUAAACAGCAAGUUGAACAUAUUAAAGUCAACAGAUUCUUCCAGGCUGCUAGUGAUUCACUGUGAUUGUGUCUUUCACUGUCUGACCAAGAUAAACCUGAGGUCUACUUUUGCCUAGCAGCUUGUUUUCCUUAAUCCAGUUUUUUGUUUUAAUUCUCAGUCGUAUUUGUACUUAAGAUCCCCAUCAGUAUCCCAUUAGAUACUGAAGUUAAAGAGGGGAACACAUUCAGACAGGAUUAAUUUCUGUGCAUUUCAGUUUUCAUGGAGUUCUGUACCAUGUAGAAUAAUUGAGUUUAGCUUUUAUUUGAAGUUUCUGUGUAUGACUGGAUGUAAAAUACUUUAGAAAUGAAAGCAGUGAAAUGUUCUUGUUUUUCCAUCAAUAAAACUCUAUGAUGUUUGUUUGAAAAAAAUCUCUAAAAUUAUUUUGAUCUGGUCAGAUUUUGAUUUAGAGCUAACCACAGAGAUGUUUUUAUGUUCCCAAAUGUUUGUCAUUGUUACACUUUGCUAUGAGAAGCAAAGUAUAUUAUUAAAAAGGUUUGUUAAAAUAUACACUAGUAUUUUGAGCAGAAUAUGCUUUUUAAUAACUGUUGAUUUGAAUAAAUAUUGAUGGAUUAUUCAGUGAUUGUCAUCGUCA